AUGAAUUACGCGGCGAAAACGAUCAAAACGAAAAGUUACGAUGGACAAAAACCAGGUACGAGCGGAUUGAGGAAAAGCGUGAAAACGUUUCAACAGGAAAAUUACACGGAAAAUUUUAUACAAUCGAUAUUUAAUUCAUUCGAAGAAAAAAAUUUGGAAAAACCUCUUGUCCUCGUCGUCGGGGGAGACGGAAGGUAUUACGGAAGAGAAGCCAUUUCUUUAAUAAUUAAAAUAGCGGCAGCGAACAAAGUGAGAAAAUUACUGAUUGGUCAAAAUGGUAUAUUGUCAACUCCUGCAGUUUCAUGUAUAAUCAGGAAAUAUUGUGCAACGGGGGGCAUCGUCCUCACCGCGAGUCAUAAUCCCGGUGGACCAAAUGCGGAUUUCGGUAUUAAAUUUAACACGUCGAAUGGAGGUCCAGCACCGGAUGCUGUAACGAAUAAAAUUUACGAAUGUUCGAAAAAUAUUCGAGAAUAUUCGAUCGUUUCCGAUUUGGAAGUCGACAUAACGAAAAUCGGAUCGGAAACGUUUAGUGUCGACGGAAGGGAUUUCACCGUGGAAAUAAUCGAUUCGAUAUUCGAUUAUUUGGAAUUGAUGAAAUCGAUAUUCGAUUUCGAUAAAUUGAAAAAACUUAUUGCGGAAGGAAUAGUAGGGAGGAGGAGCGAAGAAAAAAAUGGGAAACCUUUUAAAUUGUUAAUUAAUUCAAUGAACGGAGUUACGGGACCUUACGUGAAAAAAAUAUUUUUGGAUGAAUUGGGAGCACCGCCGGAGAGCGCCGUCAACGUGACACCGUUGCAUGAUUUCGGGGGUUUGCAUCCGGAUCCUAAUUUAACUUAUGCCUCGGAUUUGGUUGAUAUGUUGAAAAAUGGUGAUCGAGAUUUCGGUGCCGCUUUCGACGGAGACGGAGACCGUAACAUGAUUCUCGGAGAAAAGGCAUUUUUCGUCAAUCCGUCGGAUUCUCUCGCCGUUCUAUCGGAUCACCUAACGUCGAUACCUUAUUUUAAAAAAACGGGGAUCAAAGGUUUUGCGAGGAGCAUGCCGACGGGUUCGUCCGUCGACGUCGUGGCGAAAAAGAAAAAUUUGAAUCUCUACGAAGUACCCACGGGUUGGAAAUAUUUUGGAAAUUUAAUGGAUGCACAAAAGAUAUCGAUUUGCGGAGAGGAAAGUUUCGGUACGGGAUCUGAUCACGUGAGAGAAAAAGAUGGGAUAUGGACCGUUCUUGCUUGGUUGAGCAUCGUGCAAGACUUGAAUCUUCCCGUUCAUAAAAUAUUGGAAAAACAUUGGAUGGAAUACGGAAGGAAUUAUUUCACGAGGUACGAUUACGAGGGAUGCGAUUCGGAUAAUUGUACGGAAAUGAUGAGAAAAUUAGAAAAUGACGUCACGAAUCCAAAAUUUCCCGGAACCGUUUACGAGAGGGAUGGGAAAAGGUACAAAGUUAAAUUGGGUGAUAAUUACGAAUACAAGGAUCCGAUAGACGGGAGCGUUGCUAAAAAUCAGGGAAUUCGAAUCAUAUUCGACGAUGGUUCGAGAAUAAUAUUUAGAUUGAGCGGAACCGGAAGUAGCGGCGCGACCGUGAGAUUAUACGUCGAAUCAUACGAGAAAACCGUGACCGAAAUGACGUCAUCAUCGGAUCCCCAAGAAAAAUUAAAACCCCUGAUAAAAAUUGCACUCGACGUUUCGGAAUUGGAAAAAUUCACCGGACGAAACAAACCCACGGUUAUAACGUGA